AUGAACCACGGGAGCAGCAGUAGACCAAAUUUCCUCUUUGCCACUUCACGACACCUUGACGCCGAUCGUAGUCUCCACCAAAUGUGCCUUUCUCCAGAUUGCGUCAGUGCCAAUAUCCCUCCUCCUCAACUUCCCCAGUCUUCUCCAAAAGAGGGUUUCAGUUCAAUCCUCAGUUUCUGGGCGGACAUUGAACAGUCUUCUAGUCGAUCAACUUCCAUUACUAUGCCACGGCUUAAUCCCUCUCUCACUAACGGCCUUUCUCGAAGUCGAGUAGGAGGAGGUAUAAACCAUCUCAGCUCUGGAACUACUAGUGACAUGGAUUCCAUUUCAAACUCUACAAGUAGUCGACAACAGAAAAAUGAACCCCUAAAACCUUCUAGAUCAGAGGAGUCUUCAGACAUUGAUAACUUUAGCACUCCAUAUGAGCUAAUUGUUCCACCUAAACCUUCUAAAACCCCCAAACCAAUGCUUGCUACUCCUCAAACAAAAGUCUUCCAACCUCCUAAUGGUAUUGGGUAUGGAGAAUAUGCUAAUAUCUCAAAGAAUGGACACUCUUUACCACCUCCCUUGCCCUCAGAAAUGGAAGAUUCUCCUCCAAUUUUGCCACCGAAAUCCCCACUUCUUCGUCCGGUUUCACAAGAUAAUAGAAUUCUUUUUAAUGGAAUUCAGACGAUGCCUCGUUUGAAUGGAAAUUCCCUUAAGUCUAACGAACCAAAGCCACCUUCUCCCCUCCCAGCAAAACUUCUCCCUCAAAAUGGAAAAAGUAAUCAUAAUGAACCCGUGAUGGCGAAUGGAAAUACAAGGAAGAGUAAUUUUAAUCGAUUCAGUCCAAAUUUCCGUUACUCAUUUAACCGGCCACUUGAUGAACCUUCUAAAAUUUCAACGGCUAGGUCAAUUUCAGCUUACGGAGCUGUUCGAGAAAGUACGCCUGAACUUCCCAUUAAAUCAACAUCUAAACGUCCAGCUACAGCAAUGACUACAAAUAUUGGAGUAUUCCAGGUUCGAUAUCCAACAAUGAGUAUGACACACACUCCAGCAAAAGUACCCAUCGUCAGAGUUGAGACUUAUCAAAAUGGUGCUCAGCCCCUUAACUAUACUCCAGUACUAAAACGUUCAUCUUCACGAGGAGGCGAAUCUAGCUUCCAACGUGGUCGGGAAAGUAGAUUUUCCUUGAGGACUAAUGGAUGUGCUAAUGUUGCUCCUUAUUCCAGCCGUAAUUCUCGAUCAAGCAGUGAAAUGAGACAUCAGCACUCCACAAAGUCCAUUUCAAAUCGUUCGGGUGGGGAUGGAUUUGGGGGCAACACGGAUACCUCCUCUGUGAGUCCGAACCAUUCAGAUGAAAAUCUGGUUACAGUGACGAUUCGACCCAAUGCGGAAGGUCAUUAUGGCUUCAAUGUUAGCGGUGGUGCCGAUCUUAAAAGGCCAGUCGUUGUCAGCCGAGUGGGCGACAGAAUGCCGGCUGCAACCUGUUGUCCACGCCUUCAUGCUGGUGACCAGAUCAUACGCAUCAAUUAUCGUGACAUAUCAGACUACACUCAAGAACAGGUCAGUUUUCUAUUUCCCAGACUUUUAUUUCAAUCUGACACAACAACUUUACUUUGCAUAAGUCGGGUCGACCUAGAUUCUAUCAUGUCAUGGCUCUUUUAG